CGACGCUCGGGCCGGCGGGCCACGGCCAUGGCCGGCGCGAAGCCCUGGGAGCCGGUCUCGGAGACAAAUGCAGCCGGGAUGCUGCUGAGCCAUUUCAGAGCUUCGGGGACGGUCACUCAGGAAUUACUCCUAGUGGUGCAUGAGUGAACAUAUGGGAUGCCUGGGGUUGAAUCUGGUCAGCCAUGUGCAAAGCAAAUGUCCUACCUGCUGUACUGUCCUUCUGACCCGAGGAGAUGUUAGAUAUAGCUAAGAAACCAGUUUCUUGCUUUGAGAACUUCUCCAGGCAACAGCAAAUUGCAGAUAUUAGAGCUGAAAUUGACCAGAAAGACCUAGAAAUUGAGCUACUAAGACUAGAAAAAGAUUCCAUAGAUGUUGUUCAUCCUUCCUUUUUAGCUCAGAAGUGUCAGAGUUUGCAAAGCAUGAAUAAUCAUCUGGAAGCAAUUCUGAAAGAGAAGCGGUCUCUUAGGCAAAGACUGUUGAAACCCAGGUGUCAAGAAAACUUGCCUAUUGAAGCUGUUUAUCACAGAUACAUGGUCCAUUUGUUGGAGUUGGCAGUGACUUUCAUUGAGAAAUUAGAAUCCAAUCUUGAAACUAUUAGAAAUAUCCCUCAUUUAGAUGAAAAUCUAAAGAAAAUGAGCAAGUCUUUAGCAAAAACGAAUAUUUUGGUGACUAAGACAGAAGAACUGGCAGAGAAUAUACUUAAAUGGCGAGAACAACAAAAGGAAAUUUCUUCUUGUAUUCCCAACAUAUUCACUAAAGAAAGUCACCUGCCGCAGACCACCCAGUGGAGACCACCGACCACGGGGGACCAGGGUCAAAGGAAUCAGGAGAAGUCAGGAAUCGGCGGGGAAAUGACAGACAGCCACACUAUAAGCUGGUGAACUGCUGCAACUUUAUUCUGCAAAGCUGUGCUUAUAUAUUGUUUCUCCAAGGAAAUAGCAAUAAGCAGGGGGUUACAACAUCAGGUUACACCAUUAGACCACUGCUUUGAUGAUUACAAUACAUCAUUAGAACACUGCUUUGAUGAUUAUAAUUCAGCAGAAAAAUUAUUAACGAAGUACAAUACAGUAUGAGUUAAUUCCGCA